GAUGCACGCAGAGAUCUGCUACGCCGAGUGUCUGCUGCAGAAAGCCACACUGACGUUUGUGCAGGAUGAAAACAUGAUCAGUUUUAUCAAAGGAGGCAUCAAGAUUCGAACAAGCUACCAAAUCUACAAGGACUGUCAGAAUGUGCUGAACGUCACUCAGGACCUGGCCGGCCAGUCGGACGCGUUCAGACAGUUUGAGGGUGGAGUCAAACUGGGAAUCGGGUCCUUUAACCUGAUGUUGUCUCUUCUCCCUCAGAGGAUUUUGAGGUUGCUGGAGUUCAUCGGAUUCUCAGGAAACAGGGGCUUCGGCUUGUCUCAGCUGAGAGAGGGAGCCUCCACUCACAGUUUGCGGUCGAUCCUCUGCGCUCUGACGCUGCUCUUCUACAACACUUAUGUGUCACUGAUACUCGGAACUGGGGAGGGAAACCUGGUGGAGGCCGAAGCUCUGCUGGAGCCGUACCAGCAGAAAUACCCCAAAGGCUCCAUCAUUCUCUUCUACUCUGCUCGGAUCUCCACGCUGCGAGGAAACUUUGAGAAGGCGCGAGCGAAGUACGAGGAGUGCAUCAGCAGCCAGCAGGAGUGGAAGCAGAUCCACCACCUGUGUUACUGGGAGCUGAUGUGGACUCACUCGUACCAGCAGGAGUGGCAGCAGGCGUACCACUACGCUGACCUGCUGUGCAAGGAGAGCCGCUGGUCCAAG